AUGCAGAGUUAUGGCAGUUAUGUCCAAACUGGCCGAUGCCGGUCUAGAAAGCGCGCAGCCAGUGGACGCUUCGUUGAGGACUUGAACGUCUGCCAUGUGAAUGCUCCGAGCCAGGUCGCGCAGUCGCGCGGCAACCUCGCCUCUGGCCGUGCCACUAGACGCUGGGAGCGGAGUCUCACAUCCCUGACUCAGCUGGAAUCGAAUGACUCCCGAGAGACUCACCUCCUGAAGUUGAAGCGCUACAGCACUGCCAUCACAUCAUGCGGUGCAGCAUGGAGUCACGCAGCACAACUGUUCAGGAGAAUCCUUUUGCGUCACCUUCAGCUGGACAUUAUGGCAUGUAGCCAAAUCGCCACUUGCUGCCAAAGAGCCUUCGUGUGGCGCCGAGCCUUGGUUUGCUUGAGGCUAAUAGCUUUAGCAGGCUUGCGGGAAGACAUCGUGGCCUACAACUCUGCGCUGGGUCGAAGUGUACAGUGGCAGGUUUCGAUGGCCCUCUUCACAGAGACUGAGCGCCGCCGGCUGCGGCAAGAUGCUUAUUCCCUCAGUGCUGCUCUUAGAAGUCUUAGUUCCAACUUUCCAGAGUGGCGCUUGGCCUCCAGUCUUCAGGAGCAUGCAAGAGCAGCGUCAUUGAGAGCCAACACUGUUUGCAAGAACUCAGCACUACAUGCGAUGGCCGAGUCCUCGCAAUGGCGAUGGUGCUCUCAAGUCUUGCAUGACUCGGUUGACCAACGCUAUGUCGUCGACGCCGUGUCGUUGACCUCAGCCGUUCAAGCUUGUGGCAAGGCAGCUGUUUGGAAGCAAGCUUUAAACAUUUUGCAAUCUGCUGUGGGCCAGCUUGGCCAGAUUUGUCGAGAUGUGAUUAUGUACAACGCCAGCAUCAGCAGUCUUGCAGCUGGCGGGCACUGGCACGCGGCUUUGUCCCUGUUCCUUGAGAUCAAGGCCGGGCGGAUGCAGCCAGAUGCAACCACAUGCACGUCAGUCGUCACCAGCUGCAAGCAGGCAAAGCAGGCAGGCGUGUGGGUGCAGGCGAUUUUCACAUACGCGAAUGCUCGAUCGCGCGCGGUUUGUGCAACGAAUUUAGCGAAAGCAAAGGCUUCCGAGGCCGGCUCGGCCAGCUCGGCCAGCUCCGCAGUGACGGCAGUCCUUGCGGUUUGUGAGCAGGCCAAGCAAUGGCAACAGGCCGUGGUGUUGUUGACGGAGGCGGCGCUCAUGAGGGCCUCUCUUGACGUUCUCUUCGUCAACGUGGCGAUCAGCACUUGUGACAGGGUGUCAAUGUUUCAUCGAGCCUUACUAUUGCUGGAUGCCUGUGGUGAUUGGCUUGUGCAGCCAGACGUUGUCAGCUACAACACAGCAAUCUCGUCUUUAGGCAAGGCAGCUCGCUGGCAGCAAGUGGUACAACGGCUUGGCAUCAUGUUUUCAAAGCAGCUCCUGCCAGAUGCCAUCACCUGCGCUUCGCUGAUCAGUGCAUCUGAACCAGCCCGUUGGCAGCACGCUCUGGCCAUGACACAGCUGGGGUGCCUCAAUGUACAAGCUGACAUCAUACUCUUCAACUCAGCCAUGAGUGCCGUUGAAAAGAUGCGUGAGUGGUGCAAUGCCUUAGGGCUACAAGAGGAGGCGUUCAGAGUUGGCAUCCGAUGUGAUGAAUUUACAUACUCGGCUGCCACAAGUGCCUGUGCUGUUGCCGCAGUUUGGACGCGUGCGCUCGCGAUGGUAGGUGACAGCAUGUCCGUGCACGCCGUACAUGCUUGCAACGCAGCAAUCACUUCCUGUGAGCCGACAUCGAGAUGGCAGCUUGGUGCUGGCAUUCUACAAGACGCCGCUGCGCACAAUCUGGCAGCAGACUGCGUCACCUUCAACAGCGCUGUGAGAUGCUAUCGAUGGGCUGGAAUGUGGCAGUGGGCCUGUCACUUGUUGAUGGAUGGUGCUCGCAUGCGAGUCUCCACGGUUGCAACGUGCAGCGAUGCGGUCGAAUCGUGCGAGGUAGCCCAAAGCUUGGAGGCGGCUCGCUCGGCUCGCAGCACGCUGAGAAGGAUUGAGACUUUUGGAUUGAGACUGCUGAGACCUCUGGCCUUCUCAUGCUCCGCCGUGAGUCAAAAAGCCAGCCGUCGGAAUUCUGCCCCCCCCCCCCCCCCCCCCCCCCCCCCCGAAGAACAGUGCUAUGCUCAUUGCAUUUGCAUUGCGUUCACAUGA